UAUAGUAGCGAGGAAUGGUCGAGCUCUCGCGCACUUUCUUUUCAGCGCUGUGUGUGUAUACAUUCGCUCAGCUGUUCUGGUCAGAAGUGAUCACUCGGCUCGUCCGAUUGCACAAAUUUUCGAAGCUCCGUGGUUUAUUUUUAGUACAAAGAUUCGCGUGUUCACACCACUCUCACCUUGCUCGUCCAGGAUAUUUCAUAUUAAUCCCCGAUCGAUGCGUUCUGCAAACUGAUACGAAAGCUCGAUCGCGACAAACCAGCCGAAACCAUGAAGAAAUCACGUCCGAAUAUCUUCCGUGACAUUUACUAUCAACCGUACAAUGACUGCACCAGGACGAGUCUUUACCGCAGCACCAAAGCGAGCCUCCAGAUGAUGCAGCGUAUGGCUUUGUUGAAAAGAUUAAAUGUGCAUAACGGUUGCGUAAACUCUAUUGUUUGGAAUGCUACUGGUGAUUUGAUAUUGUCCGGUAGCGAUGAUCAGCACCUUGUACUCACGUGCCCUUACACGUAUAAGGUGGAAGUAAUGUAUAAAACCAGCCAUAGAGCAAACAUAUUUAGUGCAAAGUUUUUGCCAAAUAGUGGAGAUCAUCGGAUAGUUUCUUGUAGUGGUGAUGGCACUAUUUUGUAUACAGAUUUAAUGAGAAAAGUAGAAACGUAUGGUAAUCGAUUCAAUUGUCAUAGUGGCACUACUUACGAAGUAGUAACAAUACCUGGUGAACCGCAUAGCUUCCUUAGUUGUGGAGAGGAUGGUACAGUGCGAUAUUUUGAUCUCAGAAUAAAGGAAAAGUGUAAUAUCCCAAGAUGUAAAGAGGAUGUAUUAAUUUCCUGCGAGAAAGCAAUAACGGCGUUGUCUGUGAACCUUACUUCUCCAAAUCAAAUAGCAAUUGGCUGUUCCGACGGGACGGUUAGAAUAUACGACAGAAGAACACUUGGAACCCCAGCUACCGGAUUGACAGACACAAACGGAGCAAAUGCCUUAUCCACAUUCACGGUUCCGGAGUUCGAAGGAACUUCCCACAGAAUGACGUCGUUGACGUUCAGUCCCGACGGGCAGGAGAUUCUAGCCAGUUACUGUAGCGAUUAUAUUUAUUUAUUUAACAUAAAGGACCAUGGUAACGUUCAAUUAAAGAAAGAUAUUACGGUAGGAAAAGGGGAAGUGAAAAAGCAAAGACUACGGUCGCCAUUGCCAGUGCGCAGAUUGAGACUUAGGGGUGAUUGGUCCGAUACCGGUCCCGACGCUCGGCCCGAACGCGAGGAAGGCCGACGCAGUCGUAGGCAAAUAGCUCAAGCCAGACCGGUGCUUCAUAAUUCUUUAAUGCAGAGGAUGACGGAAGUUCUUAGCAGAAUGUUAAACGAUCCGGUCACUAGAGCCGCUCUAUGCGGCGGCGGCGAAGACAGUUUAGAGGGCGUAGUUUUAAACCAAGAGAAUACUCAGAGCAACAACGAAAACGCGACGGAGAACACCGCGGAAAGACAAAAUGAGGCUGAGGGUGGAGAAGCAGCCGCCGCUGCUCAAAGCAGUAGUCAAGAAACAGGUGUCGCGGAGGCGAGUUCCAGUGGUGCACCGAGCGAACCGAACGCGAAUGAAUCCGCGAUGACGGAGGAAACUACAGCUCCGCCUGAGACUCUAUCAGAGGCUACGAAUGCGAACGAAUCCGUCGAGGAGAACCCGGUUCAAUGCAAUUCAAAUGUUCCUACGGACUCUGGGAACCACGCGUUCCAGAAUAACAAGUGUUCAAGUGUGCAGCCUUGCUCUUCCCGCACUUUGGACGAGUGCAACGAGGCUCCGGAAACGGAUCAGAGCAGCAGCGACGAGAAUCCGUGCACCAGUAUGGAGAACAAAGCUGAGGGCCAUAUGAUGGAGAACCUUCAGGAUAGACUGACCAAAAUGCGAGACGGAUUCCUUGAGAAACACGGCAGCGAGCCAGCCGCGCGUUUGACUUACACGAAUAAAGGCUCGACGAGCGCGACGAUAUCCUUCGGCAUGGCCGACGAAUUGAUCCGCGAUAGUUAUCACGCUGGGCCGUCUGGAAGUCAUAGCAGCGCCACGAUUUCAGGGAGAAGUCAUGACAAACAUUUGCGAUAUAGUGAUAUACAAAAAAAGACUGAUGAAAGCGCUUUUAGUGAUAGCGAUGACGAUGAUAUAGAGCCUAGGGAAAGAUUGAAAAGCAGGGCGGAAGACGAAAUGGAUGACGAAACCACCGACGAGGCGGAGUCGGUUAAAAAGUCCGAGUGCUGCGAGAAAUCGUACGAGGCGGAUUUCGUGAAGCAGAAGUACAUGGGUCACCGGAACGCAAGGUAUACAUGGAAAUCGUUCGCGGUAGGAUAUGGUAACCACCCUUCAAAAGUAUAA